AUACCAGCCCCUGAGGAAGCUGAGCUGGUCUGUAAUCAUAGGGCAGUAACAGCGGCUGCAGCGGCAGAGGUAGUCCGAGGAGGCGGAGGAACGAGAGAGCACCAUGAACACACAGGUGUUUCUGAGGGGUAAUUAGAUAGCUGUGGAGGAGAAAACACACCUUUGAGUUCUUACCUGUGAACACAAUAGCACUGAGCGAGACAGUCUGAAAGCCAAGAGGAAGAGGUUUGGUCAGUCACACCAAGAGACACCAAAGUUGAAAGUUUGGGGUUUUAAAUUUUUUUUUUUUCCUCUGUUUCAUUUUUCCCGUGUGCCACUACAAUGGUCAGAAAGCCUGUGGUGUCCACCAUCUCCAGUGGAGGUUACCUGCAGGGGAAUGUUAAUGGGAAGCUGCCUUCCCUGGGUGGCAAGGAGCCACCUGGGCAGGAGAAAGUGGUGCUGAAGAAGAAAAUCACUUUGCUGAGGGGCAUCUCCAUCAUCAUUGGCACCAUCAUUGGAGCAGGAAUCUUCAUCUCUCCCAAGGGCGUGCUCCAGAACACAGGCAGCGUGGGCAUGUCUCUGGUUAUCUGGACAGUCUGUGGGGUCCUGUCACUAUUUGGAGCCUUGUCCUAUGCUGAAUUGGGAACAAGUAUAAAGAAAUCUGGUGGUCAUUAUACAUAUAUUCUGGAAGUCUUUGGCCCAUUACCAGCUUUUGUACGAGUCUGGGUAGAACUGCUCAUAGUACGCCCUGCAGCCACCGCUGUGAUUUCUCUGGCUUUUGGACGCUACAUUCUGGAACCAUUAUUUAUUCAAUGUGAAAUUCCUGAACUUGCGAUCAAGCUCGUUACAGCUGUGGGCAUAACUGUAGUGAUGGUCCUAAACAGCAUGAGUGUCAGCUGGAGCACCCGGAUCCAGAUUUUCCUAACCUUUUGCAAGCUCACAGCAAUUCUGAUAAUUAUAGUUCCUGGAGUUAUGCAGCUAAUUAAAGGGCAAACACAACACUUUAAAAAUGCCUUCUCAGGAAGAGAUGCGAGUAUUAUGGGGUUGCCACUGGCUUUUUAUUAUGGAAUGUAUGCAUAUGCUGGCUGGUUCUAUCUCAACUUUGUUACUGAAGAAGUGGAAAAUCCUGAAAAAACCGUCCCCCUUGCCAUUUGUAUCUCCAUGGCUGUCGUCACCGUUGGCUACGUGCUAACGAAUGUGGCCUACUUUACAACCAUUAGUGCCGAGGAGCUGCUGCUGUCAAAUGCGGUGGCGGUGACGUUUUCUGAGCGGCUACUGGGAAAUUUCUCAUUAGCAGUUCCGAUCUUUGUUGCCCUCUCCUGCUUUGGCUCCAUGAAUGGUGGUGUGUUUGCUGUCUCCAGGUUAUUCUAUGUUGCGUCUCGAGAGGGUCACCUUCCAGAACUCCUCUCCAUGAUUCAUGUCCGCAAGCACACCCCUCUGCCAGCAGUUAUUGUUUUGUACCCUUUGACGAUGAUAAUGCUCUUCUCUGGGAACCUCUACAGUCUUUUGAAUUUCCUCAGUUUUGCCAGGUGGCUUUUUAUUGGGCUGGCAGUUGCUGGGCUGAUUUAUCUUCGAUACAAACGCCCAGAUAUGCAUCGUCCUUUCAAGGUGCCGCUGUUCAUCCCAGCAUUGUUUUCCUUCACGUGUUUCUUCAUGGUUGCCCUUUCCCUGUAUUCGGACCCAUUUAGUACAGGGAUUGGCUUCAUCAUUACUCUGACUGGGGUUCCUGCAUACUAUCUCUUUAUCAUAUGGGACAAGAAACCCAAGUGGUUUAGAAGAAUGUCAGACAGAAUAACCAGAACAUUACAAAUAAUACUGGAAGUUGUACCAGAAGAAGAUUGUCAUAAAUUAUGAAUUAAUGCAUUUGAAAUCUUGCCAAUCUAUGCUUGGCCUUGUUUCUGCCCAAAGGGCUGAAACAAAAUGUGGAUCUUCACUUCAUUUUAUGAAAAUCCAAAAGAUUGCAACUUCGGUGAUGGACUAAAGGAAUCGGUUAUUGCUAUUCGUAUAUUUUAGUGUGUUCAAGUUGGUUUCUAAGAAAUUUAGUUAUAACUCCUUGUAGUUAUUGAAAGCAGAUAUGCUAUGCAAGUAUUCCAUGAGUUCACAUGAUUUUGGAAUUCCUGAUACCUCCAUGAAGUUAGAGGAAAUAGACUACCGAAUGAACAAUUACUUUAGUGGUCCAUAUAACAUCUAAUCAUGAACACCGAGAUGUUUUCUGUAUAUAUGGCUUUUAUAGAAACAAUCUGUAUAUACUGUAGAUGACUAUACUGUGAAAAGUGUUUUCUACUCUUCUGGGGCGGGGGAACCAUACGUCAUCAUUAUGGACUGAGGAAAGAAAGAAAUUUAUUUUAUGUUGGCAUUGCAUUGCUUCCCCUUAGAUACCAACUUAGAUAUCACUCAUCUUUUAGUGCAUUAUUCCCAGAGCAUUUUGAACAAAGGACAGAGGGGAUAUGCCUAAUUUUAAUGAGUACAUUAAAGAAGAGUUUCCAGGGGCUAUUGUUUGUGAGAAAAAUACAGGAAUUAUAUCUAAAAAUUUUCGAUAAUUGAUUAAGAUUUUUUUUUCACUCAUUAUCAGGAAGCACCACAGUUAUGGGCCACUUUGUUUUCGUGGAAGCCCACUUGAUCAGGAAAGGAUGUAACAUCUUUCUUAGAGCAAAGCAAUAGUCAGUUUGGUAUUAAAGGCUCUUAAGGACAAUCAUUUGUUUCACUAAUAAUUUACCCCUUGGUAAUAUAGCUAAAUAUAUGCAUUUUUAAAUCUUCAAAUUGCAAUGUCCAUAUAAGACAGAAAUCAACAAGAAAGAGAAUACCCAAAAUAUUAUGCCCAACCCUAUAAUCAUAUCUAUAUGCAGUGUUAGUAAUUAUGAGCAAUUUUUUAAUCUCAUAGCUAUUUUUAUAUGGUGAUAAAUUUUGACAGUUUGUACAUUUCCUUUAUAUAUCUUAUAUUCUGUUAAAAUAUCUCUUCAGAUGAAACUGUCCAGAUUAAUUAGGAAAAGGCAUAUAUUUACAUAAAAAUUGAGGAAGAAAUGUCACUGCUAAAUAAGAUUUACAACUGAUGUUUCUAAAAUUUUCCACUUCUUUAUCUCAGCUUUGUCAGUAAUUUCCUCACCUUAAUUAUCAUUCAACUUGCAAAAGAGAUAACUGAUAACAAAUUCACUGAAAGGAGAGACUGUGUGUGUAUUCAGAUAGGUGUUUUUAUGCAAGGUUUAGAAAAUAUUGUGGAAUUUUCAUAUAGUGUAAUAUAAUGAUGGAAUGUGUAAACUAUUAUUUACAUACAUCCAAGAUUAAAUAGUCAUACGAGAGUAUGUUUCAUCCUCUAAUUUUAAAAGUAACAAUUUUUGAAACAACUGCACUGAUUAAAAUCGUUAAGAGCUGAUAUAGGUUCAUAGAAAAUUGACUGAAGUAGAAAUGAUGAUUUAGAAUUUAAGGCAAUUCCAAUUCACUAAUUUCAGUUUUUGCUCUUGAUAACAUUUAAUACACAUCCAAGAUUGAUACUAUUUUCGGCCAAACCUGGUGUUUGGGUCUCUAAGUGAAUUUAUAAAAAUUCCUUCCUUUUUCUCUUACCAUCUGGUUUUCAAAUUUGAUCUGUAGUCUCUGCUUCUUAUAUCCAUUUGUCUGUAUCUCAUGCCAUUCUAUUGUUGCUGAGGUAAAAAAAAAAUAGAUUGUCUUUAUAUCCCUUUUUUUUUUUUAGCAGUCUAGGCCCAUGUAAUAUAAACCAGCAAACUCUUCUUAAGGGUUUUUGUGGGGUUUGUUUGUUUUUUUGUUUGUUUGUUUUGUCUAACAAAAAAAAUGGUAAAAUCUCAUGGAGAGGUUUACAUAGUUCUUGAUUAUUCCUGAGAGUAAUGUGCUUAUAACUACAGGGGCAGAUAGGUCUCAUUUUAUUUCUUUAUUUUUUGUUUUAAUUUCUCUUUAAAUAUAACAUUAUAAAAGCUAACUAGGAUACAUUCUCAUAUUUUUUCCAUCAUUUUCAAAAAUGAUUUUUGCAUUGUUAAAUUUCUGAUGCUACUGUAAUACCACUUUUAGCCAGACAGGAGUCAGUCAGUAAUUUAUUUUAAAGUAAUAAAGAUUAAGUUGUACUUCAGCUUAUUUUUAGGAUACAUCAUGACAAGAUGCAGAGUUUCUAUAAUCAGGAAAUCAGUAUUCAUAAUUUUUAUUCAGAUGGUAUCACAUCAAAGCAAUUCUAUUUGAAAACUCUCCUGAACACUAAUAUAUAUAUUUUUAUUUAUACUAAGUAAAAUUUUUUUUCAUAUAUUUAAAAUUAUAUAUGGAGAGAAUUAUAUAUAAACCAUUACAAUAUACUUGCACCAGUGUGGAUAUUCAAAUGUUUAUAUACAUAUUAUGAGUUUAUUAUAACACAAAAUGUAAAAGUGGCCAAUACAGUUUAAGACAACUAAUAUAUUAUUUUCAAAUGUACUACUUUUUGGGUUACAUGGAGUCUCAAGUAUUUAAUUGCGGAUUAAACAGAUUGGUAAAGACUUCCAAAGCUAAAACAAUUUGAUUAAAAAAUGAACUGAUUCUCCUUACACAAUAGGAAUAUUUCAGUAAAUGUUUUUGACUCACUUUUAAAAAUGUUAGGUUAUUUUUCUGAGAUAUUUCUUUGAUCAGUUGAGGAAAACUAGACUACUAUGAAUGUUUAGGUCAGCUGGAAGUAGACCUUGUUCUUGUCUUUCUUCAGGAGAUUAAAGAUUUGCCCUAGAAAAGAUGGCGGACUCCAGUACCCAAUAUAAAUGUUCACAUAUACAUAUGUGCUUAUACUGUAUUCUCCCCCAUCUCUGCUGGCACAAAAGUACAAUAGGUUAUUAGGUUACAUUAGCAAUGCAUGGCAGUUUCUCCAACACUAAAACAUGUACGUUGAAACAAAUUUCUGGAUUAUUUUACAUGCCUGGUAAAAUUGUUUCCCCAGUUGCUAUCUGGUAUAUUAACAGAUAGUUAACCUGAGUAUAAUUACUUAACUUAAUUUUUUAUGAACUGUAAUCAGUCUUCAGGAAACUCAUUAUUUUAUCUCUAUUUGUAGAUGAAUGUAAUGCCAACCAAGAAAGAAGGCAUCUUUGACCUAUGGUGGAUUUCUUAUAAUUGAGGUGUAGGUUAUGAAAAGAUAGAAUACUGAAGGUCAGAGUAGCAGGAAAUGAAAGAUAGCCUGUGACUGGAAGUAAUGAUAUAUAUUUUUUUUUUGUGGUAUCUCAUUUUAUUUAUUUUUUUUAUUCUUAUGUUAA